AUGGAGAUAGAGAGCACACGCUCCCUGCCAAUGGAGGAGCGGCGGUGGAUGGAUUUGGCGCGGAUGGUGCCGGCGACCCUCCUGCUCGUCGGCACCUCGGGAAGGGUCUUCGCGAGUAUCAAAGGCGCCCGCGAACUGCUCGGCGGGGACAAGUGGGGCUAUGACGACACCGACGACCCCGAGUCGCCCUCGAGCACCACCGGAGACGGCGGCGAUCGCAGCGUCGGCGUCCCCGUGGACACCACGGGAGGCGGCGAUCACCGCGUCGGGCUCCCCUUGGACACCACUUGCGGCAGCGAGGCCAGCCUCGGCUUCAAGGCCCCCCUGGAGGAGGUGGUGGUGGGCGGCGGCGGCGGCAUCGUGAUCGUCCCGAACGGCGUCGACUCGCCCCGCGCCGUGUACUACUGGGCCGACCUCCUCGCCAGCGCGUUGGCCCCCGAGGGGCACCUCCCCGCGGCCUACCGCGAGAUCACGCGCCUCGUCUCGCUCCACCGAGAGGCCGGCCACGUCUUCGUCAUCUGCGCCGCGCACCUCGGCCUCCGACACGGCUCCGCGCACCUCGGCGUCCAGCCCGACGACGCGGCGCACUUCGGCCUCCAAUCCGACGACGCUCGGUGGCAGAGGUGGAGGGACCUCCGCGAGGCCGUCGUCCGCCACGCCCACGACGCACUGCUUCGGCUGACCUCCGCCGCGUCGGCUACCACCGCGGCCGAGGACUUCCUCCGGUGGCGCUCCACCGAGUCCCCGCGCCGGGAAGGGUGGUGGUCGGCGGCGCGGCAGCUCGUGCAGGACGCCAGGCGCAGCCUCGGCGAGGCGAAGGACGCGGUGAGGCUGAUGCGCGACGCCGUGCUGUGCGAGUUCUUCGAGACCUGGAUGAUUCUGGAACGCGCGUAA